AUGUCAAGAAGAGGCUUACGAGAUGAAGAAAUCGAACGAUUAUUGUGUGAAAUUCCAUCAGACGAGGAUUCCACUGUUGACACCACAGAUGACGAAUCUGAUUAUGAAGCAAGCAUUGUUGCGGAGGCUAUUGUGUCGUCUGAAGGCGAAGUUUCAGAGAGCGAGGAAGAAAGUGAGUCCACUCCGCCAAAACGCGCUGCUGACACAGCGCCAACUUGGGGACAACAAUUCAAUGCUACCUCAGGAAUGCAGUUCGACAGUGAAUCAGGACCAAGUGCUUUUAUUAGGGACAUUGAUGAUCCAGAACCUAUCGAUAUAUUCGAAAAAAUAUUUCCAAAAGAGCUAGUUGAGCUAAUCGUUUUCCAAACAAAUUUAUAUGCGACGCAAUCUGGCAAGUCUUUCACUCCAACAACUGACAAUGAAAUACGAACUUUCCUGGGAAUCAACAUUUUGAUGGGUAUAAAGCGUAUGCCAGCAUACAGAGACUACUGGUCUAGUGCCCCAGAACUUCAUGAUCGUUAUAUUGCAUCUCUGAUGGCAGUAAAUCGGUUUGGAUGGUUACUGAGGAACAUUCAUCUGAAUGAUAACACAUUGCAUCCAGAAAAAGGACACCCAGGUUAUGACAAACUGUACAAGCUGCGACCAGUGAUCAAGAUACUAUCUGAAUCUUUUUCCAAGUGUUACCAACCCAGCAAACACCUAGCAAUUGAUGAGUCAAUGAUCAAAUUCAAAGGCCGCAACAGUAUGAAACAAUACAUGAGAGAUAAACCCAUAAAGCGUGGUUACAAAGUGUGGAUGCUGUGUGACAAGACCUCUUACAACUUGAAAUUUGAUAUUUACACCGGAAAAGCGAGGUGCUUCGAGACAACGACAGAGGCGGCGGCGGCGGCUGCGUGGCCCGCCUUUUCCCCGAACGGCGCGGCCCCGCCGUUCCGCGGUUAUCCCGCGCCGGAACGGCCCCUGCGGGAGGCGAGUGGCUGCCCCGCGCGAUUACCGCAGACCUGCUGCACCACACCCGGCCGGCAUUUAUUUUUCGGGCCGCGGCGCGUCGGCUUUCAGCGCGGCGCCUCUCUGCUACGCUCGCGGUGCUGCGCCUUCUGA